UUCCUUUUCCACAUCCAGCGCACAGAAUGGCACCCAAGAAGGGCGAGAAGAAGAAGGGCCGCUCGGCCAUCAAUGAAGUGGUGACCCGUGAAUACACCAUCAACAUCCACAAGCGCAUCCACGGCAUCUCCUUCAAGAGGAGAGCUCCUCGCGCCCUGAAGGAGAUCCGCAAGUUCGCAGUGAAGGAGAUGGGCACUCCUGAUGUCCGCAUCGAUACACGCCUCAACAAGGCCGUGUGGGCCAAAGGAGUGAGGAAUGUGCCGUACCGCAUGCGUGUGCGUCUGUCCCGGAAACGCAAUGAGGAUGAGGAUUCCCCAAACAAGCUCUACACCCUCGUCACAUACGUCCCCGUCACCACCUACAAAGGUCUGCAGACAGUAAAUGUGGAUGAAAAUUAAGCUUUUCUUCAUGCUUGUUGGAAUAAAGAGAUAAAGGGUUGCUCUGUGUUGUACAUGUUCUUUAAUUGCUCCGUGUUGACAUGCGGACGUAAACAAACAACAUCAUGAAGAUGUGUGAACAUCAGCUAAUGCUACAUAAAGAUCAGGACGGCUCUGACGAUUGAUUUAAUGCUUCAUCUGGAUAAGCGGUGUGUGUAACAGUGAGGAAUUAACCCUUGUGUGCUGCUGGGUCGUUUUCACCCACUCUGGGCUGAUUUUGAGGCUUAAUUUGGUCUCCUCUUUCUCUCUGUGUCAGCAAACGGAAAGAGCUUCGGUCACAAAUCUUAUUUUGACACAUAUUUUGGGAAAAUGUUUUGAGAAUCGACACACUCUGUUCAGAUUGACUCCUCUUUACUGAUGCUGCUGCUGAUUCUGCCCCAUGAUAAUCACAUUUAUUGAUUGUGAAGCCAUGACCGCAGAUAGUCCUGCAUUCCUGACUGUUGCUGGUUUUCCCUGUUGAAAUGUCUGAGAAGCUCAAAAUAAUCCUGAUAUCUUAGAACAGUGUAUUUCUGCACACAUGCGCUAUAAUCUGCCGUCAUGGCGUCACAAUCAAUAAAUGUGAUUAUAUUGGAAGUCAAUGGGGUAAAAGCAGCACCAACAUCACCAAAGGAGAGUCAGUCUGAACACACAAGGGUUAAAGAUGGUCCCUUUGGCUUUCACACUGGCACAAUCAGCAGAAUCCCAUAUGGCUCGCUGUAUAAGGCACUUCUACAUCUAGAGAUGCAGCAUGUUUGGUAGAAUUAAGAGACGUAACAUUACAUAUAAAGAUUAAAGCUGCAUCCUCUCCAGCA